CGGGGACGUUCCGUGACCCUGGCCUGAGGGAGGGGAAGUCCUGGGCCCUCCUGUCUGAGGCGGGGGAGCCCUGGCUCCUCCUCUUGUCAUGGGGCCUGGAGGAAGCCCCGGCCCCCCCCAUUCCUGUCCUGGGCUGGGGGCGGGAGGAGGGGAAGCCCCGGCCCCCCCCUUCUGUCUUGGAAACAAGGAGCGCGGCUGGAACGAUCCCCCUCAGUUUUCCUAUGGGCUGCAGCUCCAGUGUAGUGGCCCGAAGCGCACUCCCCUCGCACACAGGGUCCCUGGCCUGGCCCAUGGAGCCCCCCAAGCCCCUACUCCAGUGAAUUCUGCUCCUGCAGUGCUGCCAGUAGCCUUACCCUCAAAACCCGUGGGGCCGCCCCCUCUUGCUGUGGUCAGCCCUGCUCUGAGGCCGGACACCGUGAAGCAGGUUGCGAGCCUGGCUAAGGAGGAGUGCGAGGUGAAUGUAGAGGAUGUUCUAGCCCCUCUGAAUGAGACUCUGAGCAUGUGCAGGAAUGCCGUGCAGAAACAGGUUUGUGAUGACAUCAGCAGACGCCUCGCUGUGUUUCGGGAGCUGUGGCUCCAGGGAAAGCUGUCUGCCCCUGUGAGGAAGAGGAUGAAUAUCCUGGUUCAGGAGCUCCAGCGGCGGCACUGGGAUGUGGCUGAUGAAAUCCAUCGCUCGCUCAUGGUGGACCAUGUCAAUGAAGUCAGUCAAUGGCUGGUGGGAAUCAAACGGUUAAUUGCUGAGGCAAGGAACUUGCCUCCUAGAGACUUGGUUGCAAAUGAUGAGCAGGGAGCUGGAGCUCAGCCAGCCAAAGAGGCCCUGUGAGCCAUGGCAAAGCUGGGGGGAACUGAACUGCCUCCAGGCCCCACUGUGUCCCCCAGAGGUGAUGGAGCUCUUGGCCACUAGGAGCAUUUCUCAUCGCUGUAGCGGGAAAACAGCGAGACUCCUCCAUCCCUGAGGGGUUUCUGGCUUCUCCCGUGUCUCCCUGUCCUGCCUCUGCGUGAUCCUGAUUCAGGAUUGGCUCCGCACCAAGGAGAGGCUUUCUUACCACCAAUCGAUCUCGGGGCAACUUGCUGCAUGAUACUGAAUUAAAAUUACUGUUCCAGUG